CUUGAAAGGCUCGGAAGUGACUGAGGAACACAACACCGGUGUACGGACCUGAUCAUGAGUGCACCAGUGACCUUACUGGCCCGUACUGUCCGCAGCUUCUAUCGCAGUCAGGCCUUCAGGGCAGUACCAUCUCACCAUGCUGCUUCUAUAAUCAAAGCAAGGUAUAUACAUCCGCUAAAUAAACAAGUUUUGAAGACACCGUGUUCCUCUGUUCACACACAGUCUACAGAUUCCAGAAUUAGCAAUCUGAUAACAAUCACAGAUGAACCAGAUGUCCUGUACAAAAAAAUAGAAGUGCUAGCGAAAGGCCACGAUAAAACUGUGCUGGAUAGUUAUGAAUAUUUUGCUGUUUUGGCUGCUAAAGAGCUUGGGAUCCACAUAGAAGCAGUAUCUGAACCUCAAAGAAAGAUUGAACGAUUCACACUAUUAAAGUCAAUCCACAUUUUUAAGAAGCACAGAGUUCAGUAUGAAAUGAGAACGCAUUACAGGUGCUUUGAGUUAACACACUUGACUGGAUGUACAGCAAAUGUAUACUUGGAAUAUAUCCAGCGUAACCUUCCUGAAGGCGUUGCCUUAGAGAUAACAAAGACGCGGCUAGAAAAAUUACCGGACCACAUAAAAUAUCCAGUAUGGGACCAACUGCUAAACCAAGAGGAUACAAAAAGUCCUUAAUGAAAUUUCAACCUAUUUUUGUACAUCUGUAUUUAAAACAUAUGCAAUAAAAUGAUAAAACUGC